UUUUCAGGUCAAGCAAUUUUUAUUUUUGGCUCCUACUUGCUUUUGUUUGUAUGAGUACUUUACCUGUUGGAUAUGUUAUUGCAUAUAAAAGGCCUUCCAAAAAUUGUGGCCCAUUUUCUGGCCAAGAACGGUUUUAUUCAAUUAUUGGGCAAGUAUUGAGACAACAUUUGCCUAAAAGUUUGGUUGAAGUUAUCUCUUAUUUUAUGUCACCAGGAAUUAUUUUUCCUGUUUUCCUCAUCCUGGUGCUUGUUAUAUAUUUUUUGGUUCUUCUCGUUAGCGGUUUAAGAGCAGCAAAUUCAGAUUUAAAUAAACAAUUAACCCUGGAAAGAACAGAAGAAAAACGUCGAAUUUUUGAAUUGGCGAAAGGCAAACAUUUGGCAAUUUCUCAUAAACACAGGCCUAGUGGGGAAAGCCGAAAAAGUACAAAUGGAGGGGGGACAAAUGGAGGGAAAAUAAAUGGGGGAAGAGUAGUAGAUGAUGAUGAGGAAGAAGAGGGAGGGGAGGGUAAAAAAGAAGAAUCUAAAAAUGGAGGUGGUCCUUUAUUCUUUUCCAAUGGAACAGCAAAAACAAAUGGAGUAAGAAAAAGUUGGCAUGGGGGAACGGGAGGAGGAGGAAGUGGGGGUGGUGAUCAAGUUGUUGGGACAGACAAGGAUUUUUUGUUAACACCUUUUUUGACACCAAAACGACGAUCUCCUAUUCUUCGACAAUAUUCGGACGAUUCUUCUGGAAGUUCCCCAUCAAAGUCUCCACUUCGUCAUGCCGGAUUUCUUCCUUCAUUGGCAUCGGUAGAUGAAAAUGAAGAUGAAGAAAAUGAAGAAGAUGAUGAGGAUGAAGAAGAUGACGACGAAAUCGUACAUGGCCAUGCUGAGGCAAUGAUAUUUAGAAGAAAGAGGAGUAAUGCAAGUACACAACAAGGGGCAAGUCGUCGUUCAAGUGCAGCAGCACAACAACAACGACGUCGAAAAAGUUCAUCAGCAACAAAAAGUUCAACAAAACAUUCACAAAAACAAAAUUUAAAAGAAAUAAUGAAGAGACCUUCAUUGCAAUUAACGUGGAAAGAUCGGUUUCUUUUGUGUAUUGGGUGGACAGAUCCGGCAAAAUUGGAAGCAAGAUUGCGUGAACAAAUGAAAGAAAAUGAAAUGGAAAAAGGAAGAAGAAAAAUUGAAGAGGAGGAGGAGGGAAGAGAAGAAGAAAGAGAACAACAACCACUUUUGUUAAAUGGGAGAAGAAAAACUAAAGGAAGAGAAAAAUUGGAAACUAAACAACAAUCUGUUGUGCUUGAAGAGGCGGAAUAUUCAGUUCCUUCUGGUGAAGAAGAGGAAGAACAGCCUGUGGGUGAUGUUGAAGAUGAAACAAUUUUACCACCAAAAAUAUUACAAGAAAAUACAAACAACAACAAAAUUGAUAUUCGAAAAAAAUAUUUAAAUGGAAUUUUAAUUGGUGGGGAAAAUGACAGUUUUGAAGAUACAAGUAGAUUACCUUCAGCUUUAAGUCAAGGAAGUAAUAGUAGUUGUAGUCGAAUUAGUAAUCAACAACAACAAACACCUAACAUUAUUGUUAAUAAUCAAGUUUCCAACCUCUAUAUUACCCACAAGAACGUUCAUUUCCUCCUAUUCAAUUUUAGAUUGGCUGAUUUGUAUGAAGAACACCCUCCAAAUGUUUCUUGUAGUAGUAGCAGUUCCUCAAUAGGGACGGGUUCUCAAAGAAGUUGGGUUCGUCAACAACCACAGCAACAAACAACAAAUUUAAUAAAUUUUGCUCUACCUCAAUAUAACCAAAUAGACGAAGAACAAAAAGAGGUUGAAAAAGAACGACAAGGCUCAUUAAAUGGACAAGAAAAAAGGAUUUCACUUGAAAGAGAGCAUGUUUCUGAAAGUUCCCCUCUCUCUCCAAAUGGCGGUAGACAUGUUACUCUAUUCCCUUCUGAAGAAUUGGCACGUCUUUCAAUUGACAAAAGACAUCCUUUACCUAUUACUAGAGAAUAUGAAGGACAACAGAACCCUGAAAGUCUGCCUCCAUUAAUUCCUAGACGGAAGCCAACAACUUUAACUUAUGGACACCAAGCACCUUUGUUUAUUCAACAAAGAAAUGGGGGUGAGGGAGGAAGAGGAGGUGACAUUAGAUCCCAUGAUGACAUUAGAUCCCAGGAUGACAUUAGAUCCCAGGGGGAAAAUUUAAUUUUAAAUGGUGAUUUGUCUCUGUUACUUGAACAACCAAGCACUCCAAUUGGCAAUUUUAGACCCAUACAAGCAUCUGAAAUGUUUGAAGAAGAAGGGUCAUUUGAAAAUAAUAAGACGCCAGAAACGGCUUCUUCAAUUACUACAAAUACUACUUCAAUUAGUGAACGUUCAGAUCCUAGAUUACAAUAUGCCAAUCCUUAUAGCAGGUGUUUUUAA